UAUUAUCCGGGAAGUUUGAGAAGGGUGGAGGAAACCAGGGGCUUGACAGCACCCAUUUCCUUUCGAGAAGAGUGUGAAUUGACAGUGUGAAUCGCGAAAAGUCUCCAAAAGCCUCAUUGUGUGUACACAUCCUGCCAAAACCAACACAGCCGUUAAUGAAAUGCGUUGGCUAAUAGCAAUGCGACAUUAGUCCUCAGGCGGCUAACCGCUAGCUUACAGUUUGGGUCGCUAGUUAGGUUAUACAGACAACAAUUAUGUUGUUUUCGGCAGAAAUUCAAUCACAAAAAAUAAAAAGUGAACCACCGAUCCUGCGGCUGACUAUAAAUAUGAGCCAUAAAAUCCUGAAGUUUGACGCUCACACAGCCUAAAGUGAUGUUUGGGAGAUAACUUCAUCCACUUAACAGACUACGUCUCUACAUUGACAGGACAUAGAAGUGAUGCCCCCCGUGGCUCGCCGUCCACCUGAGAGAGGCCUCAUACGUCUCCUGACAAAGUGACUAAUCCUCCCCAUUUCACAGCUCCAGCCCGCUGCUCCCUGCAAAUGUUCAAAGCUGAGUGCGUGUGUGUGUGAUGCGUGACAGGUUGAUGUGUCCGCAGCGGGCGCCCGCAGGGUCGCUUCCCAGCCUGACCGCUGCCACCGGCUCUCCGCUGCCGAAGCCGCCGGCCUCCUGAGCGGGUCGAUCGAUCGCCUCGGAGCUUAACGAGACGAGCGCGCCGCGUCUGCCAGCGGUCGAGCGGAGCGGCCUCCGUUGCCAUGGAUACGGAGUCCACCUACUCCGGCUAUUCCCAUUACUCCGGGCGCUCCCGGGGAUCGCACAGGCACGGGGAGCGAAGUCGGGACCGGCACAAGUCACGCAGCAAAGACAGUCGUUCGGAGAAGUCCGUCACCAUCAACACGCCGCCCGCCGAGCCUCUGCUGGGCGACUCCUCGCUGCGGGGCGAGCAGGUCCAGGAUGAUAACUGGGGGGAGACCACCACCGCCGUCACCGGCACCUCGGAGCACAGCCUCUCCCAGGAGGACAUCGUCCGCAUCACCAAAGACCUGGAGGACAGCGUGGGGCUGGACUGCCGCCGCUACGUCACGCGCUCCGUCGCCGUGAUCCUGGGCCUGCUGGUGUUCUUCACGCCGCUCGCCUUCCUCGUGUUGCCUCACAUCCUCUGGCCGGAGAAGCUGCAGAGCUGCGGGACGGCCUGCGAGGGGCUCUUCAUCUCCGUGGCCUUCAAGCUGCUCAUCCUCCUGCUGGCGGUCUGGGCGCUGUUCUUCCGGCCGGCGCGGGCGGGACUCCCGCGCGUCUUUGUCUUCAGGAUCCUGCUGGCGGUGCUGGUGCUCCUCUUCGUCAUCUCCUACUGGCUCUUCUACAGUGUCCGGAUACUCGACUCACAAGACGAGAACUACCAGGGCAUUGUGCAGUACGCGGUGUCCCUGGUGGACGCUCUGCUCUUCAUCCACUACCUGGCCGUCGUCCUGCUGGAGCUCCGGCAGCUCCAGCCAUGUUUCUCCGUCUGCGUCACGCGCGCCACAGACGGCGAGACGCGGCACUACAACCUCGGACAGCUCAGUAUUCAGCGAGCCGCCCUGGCCAUCAUAGAGCACUACUACUGCGACUUCCCCAUCCACAACCCGGCUCUGCUUUCUGCCUCCAAGUCCCGGGCGGCCAAGCACCUGGCCGGCCUCAAGGUCUACAACGUGGACGGUCCGGGGAACAACGCCUCAGCGGGAAUCGCCCAGUCCCAGUCCAGAGCCAUGAUCGCAGCUGCAGCCCGGCGCCGCGACACCAGCCACAACGAGCUCUACUAUGAGGAGGCCGAGCACGAGAGGCGCGUCCGCAAACGCAGGGCACGACUGGUGGUGGCAGUGGAGGAGGCCUUCACCCACAUCAAGCGCAUGCAGGAGGAGGAGCCGAAGAAGGCCCCGGGGGACGUGAUGGACCCCCGAGAGGCGGCUCAAGCCAUCUUCCCCUCCAUGGCGCGCGCCUUGCAGAAGUACCUGAGGACCACCAAGCAGCAGCACUGCCACAGCAUGGAGAGCAUCCAGCAGCACCUGGCCUUCUGCAUCACCAACAACCUGACGCCCAAGGCGUUUCUGGAGAGCUACCUGUCUCCAGGGCCGACCCUGCAGUACGGUAAGGACCACUGGCUGGGCCGCCGCUGGACGCUGAUCAGCGAGGCGUCGGUCACCAGCGGCCUGAAGGACGGAAGCGUCUUCUUGCUCAAGUGUGUGGACUUCAGCCUGGUGGUGACGUCCAGGAAGAUCCCUUACGUCCAGAUGUCGGAGGAAUACAUCGACCCCAAAUCUCACAAGUUUGUCCUGCGACUACAGUCUGAAACUUCGGUGUAGGACACCAGCUAUUCCUCUGUUUUGUUUUUUUUAUUCCUCACCGUGUCACAUUGCUUUGCUAAUUAGGGUUUGAAGUUUUUUAUAUGUACUUCUCUUUGUUUUUAAUAUAUAUGAAUAUAUAUAUAUAUAAAUGAAUUUAUAUAUCACAUGUCUGAAAUUAUUGCUAUUUUAAUGUUUGACUUGGUGAAAAGAAGAAUUGUUGCAGGAUUUCGCUCACGGGUUUGAUCGAGAUUAGCUUGUGCACAGUACUGUAUGUAUGAUUAUACAGUCCCUUUCAAAAGUAUUAAAGGGGCAGUAUGAUGUAUUUCCAGGUACAUGGAACCAUUUUAUAGCACAAUCAGUAACCGUGUCACCUUCACUUGUUGUAAAAAUGCUUUACAUAUCAAAUAUGAUGUAAAAGAAAUUUGAUUUUAUUAGCUUGGGAUUUUAUUUGUCAAACCAACAUAAAUAGGACAAAUCAUACAGAUAUUUAUUUCUGAAAGAUGUACACCUAAAUAGGAGGAUGAGUAAAAGGGGCUGAAAAUAAAAGCACACCACACUUUUCAGGUUUGUAUCUGUUGAAACGUAAAUUUUUUCCUUUCUCUUCACAAUCAUGUCCUCCUUCAUGUUGGUUUACCACAUAAAAUCCUAGUUAAUGUAAAGGUUUGCGGUGUUUAAACUCCUGCAGGGCGCCGUUUGUCAUGUUUGAUGUUUCUUUUUUGAGAAACCGAAGCCAAACGAGUCUGGAAAAAUCCACUCCAAAGUUCCCAACAGAGACUCACAACUGAUGUCUUUGUUUGGAGCUGGAAGACAGACUUAAAAGAAACAGUUUUGGAUUUAAUCUGCAGCUUUCCAGGUGCAUCAUCAUCAUCAUCGGCGGCAGCGGCGGCGGUUUGGAUAACCAGGAAGUGAAAACGAACUCGCACCCAAAGACGUGAACUCUUCCACAAAGGUUCAGUAAUCCUCUCAGGGCUCUUGUGUCUGCCGCAUCUGCCUGACAUGACGAGACAGAGCUGCGAGUUCUGAAAUAAAAAAUAACUACUGAUUUCUGCAGAGCGACUCUGCGUCACGUAGCUGCACAUUCUGCCAGUUCUACAUCUGCUUUGCCCCUUCCAGACUUUAAAUGACAGAUCUUCAUGUUUUUUUACACAUUAAAAGCGGUUUUAUAAAGAACUGGUUUCUAUUGUGAAUGAAAACGGGGGCAAAAUGUAGCAGUCUUCUUGCUCCUGUAACAUUUUGUCCAGUUAAAUCUGCAAACCAGAACAUUUCAUUGGGAUUUAAUGUAAUAAACAACAGAGGAAAAUCUGAAAAGUGUGGCAUGCACGUAUUUUCCACACCUUGACCGUUAUCCCUCUAUAAACUGAAAAUUUUUCACAUUCUGAUUUGGAUAUUAGCUCCAUUUUUAAUGAAGAGCUUCAGUUUGACUUAUUCUGGACUUUGACUGGGCCAUUCCAAGACAACAAAAUUAUUACUUUAAUCUCAGAAUUACAAGUUUUAUUCUCAAAAUUUUGACUUUAAUCUCAAUUAUAAUUGUUUCUCAAAGUUUUGACUCGCUUCAGAAUUAUAUUUUUUUCCUCAAAAUUCUGAGUUUUUCUCAGAGUUUUGAGUUUUAUCUUAGUAUUAUGACCUAUGUUUUGUGACUUUAAUUUUAAGAUUAAAGUCAGAAUUCUGAUUAUAAUAAAAUUUUAAUGACGGAGAGCAAAUUCAGUUUUUUUCAUUCACCAGAGUAAACAGGAAAAAAACACGCCACACUUUCCAGAUUUUAU